CCUCCCAGCUGGUUCCAGCCGAGAGCUCACUAGACCUUCUCAAUUAUCUUUUCUCUAAUCUCAUCCUUAUUCCUAUGCAUUAUCAUAAACCCACCUAUAAAUACAGCCUACCCAUGUCUCUAUUUUAUGUAUCAAACUCAUAUCCUUCAUUACCAUGGCUUUUUCCACUUCAUCAUCUUCCUUGUUCUUAAUCUUCUUUGUCAGUUUUUGGCUUUCCUUAGUGCUUUCCUCCUCAGCUGGUAACUUUAACCAAGAUUUUCAGAUCACUUGGGGUGAUGGCCGUGCUAAGAUAAUCAACAAUGGUGAUCUUCUCACUCUCUCUCUUGACAGAUUCUCUGGCUCUGGAUUUCAAUCCAAGAAUGAGUAUCUGUUUGGGAAGAUUGAUAUGCAGCUCAAGCUUGUCCCUGGAAACUCUGCAGGCACUGUUACAGCAUACUAUUUAUCAUCAAAAGGGUCAAAUUGGGAUGAGAUAGAUUUUGAGUUCUUGGGUAAUCUGAGUGGUGAUCCUUAUAUUCUUCAUACAAAUGUUUUUAGUCAAGGCAAAGGAAACAGAGAGCAACAGUUCUAUCUUUGGUUUGACCCAACUGCUGAUUUCCACACCUAUUCGGUUCUUUGGAAUCCUAAGCAUAUUAUAUUCUCUGUGGAUGGAAUCCCAAUAAGGAAGUUCAAGAACUUGGAAUCAAUUGGUGUUCCAUUUCCAAAGAACCAGCCAAUGAGAAUAUACUCCAGCCUCUGGAACGCUGAUGAUUGGGCAACAAGGGGUGGUUUGGUUAAGACUGAUUGGAGCAAAGCACCAUUCACUGCAUCUUAUAGGAACUUCAAUGCCAUUAAUGCUUGUGUUUGGUCCUCUGGAGCUUCUUCUUGCACUAGUAGUAGAAAGUCGGCAACUCCAACCGGAAAUGCAUGGCUUUCCCAAGAGUUGGAUUCUUCAAGUGAGGGAAGGUUGAAAUGGGUGCAAAAGAACUACAUGAUCUACAAUUAUUGUGCCGAUGCAAAGAGAUUUCCUCAAGGGUUUCCACCAGAGUGCAAACUGUCCUAGAGGAUACGCAUAGUUUUGAUCCUGUCUUCUACUUCUUCUUCUUUUCUUUUCUUUUUUAAAAUGUUCUCGUGUAUUCUUUAAUUAAUUGUUCUUAUUAUAAUAUUUUAAUCCUGUUUAUGUGUC